GGGAGGGAGAACGGCGGAGAGCAGCAGCCGGGAGGCCAAAAUGUUCAUCAAACGAGGAGUGUGGAUGGCUUGAUGCAGCAAGAAACCAAAGUGGUCCGUGGGAGUGGAUCUGAUGGCCUCAGUGGAGUUACUCUACAUAGAUAAUAGAGGGGGGAGACCUGAUCCUCCCAGAGUACUGGAUUGGUCUUCAAGUCCACUUCAUGUUCACAGGCUAAGCAGUUCCGUUGAAGAAGCUUCUCCCACUCUGAAGGCACCUGCCUGUGAGGGACAGUGUUAUUCAGCACCAAGGACGGCUCCCGUCAGAGGACAACAUGGCCAGCACCGGCAUCAGCCCCUAGAGAAGGUCAGGGUGUGUUGUGACGAGGAGCUGGAGACCUCGUUCACUUACAUCGAUGAAAACGUCAAUCUCAGGUUGGCCACCCCAGACACGAGUGAGAAAAGCGCUCACCGUGCGACUUCGUUCCAUGACUCCUCAAGCGAAAUCCGUCCCGAGGGCCUCCAGGAGUUGUCGCUGACGUCUGACAUCGACCUCAGCUCAGAGAGUUCGGGGAAAUCCGUGGAUUACGGAUUCAUCAGUGCAGUCACGUUCCUCAUUACCGGGAUUUCACUGGUGAUCAUAUCAUACACGGUCCCUCAUGACGUCAGAGUGAACCCCGACAAUGUCUCCGCACGUGAAAUGGAAAGACUCGAGAACGAGAGCGCCAGGAUAGGCGAGCACCUUGACAAGUGCGUUAUUGCCGGCCUUUGCUUUCUCACCUUAGGCGGAGUGGUGCUAUCCACUUUGCUUAUGAUUUCAAUGUGGAAGGGUGAGAUGUACAGGAGGAAAGCCUUUGCUUAUUCGAAGCACUCUGCAAAGCUCUACGGGUCGAUUAAUUUAAGAACAAGAUCAAGUCCCAGCCGCUCAUCGCCACCACGUAGUUUGGUCGAGGAAGAGAAUGACAAUGCCAUUAGUUAACUGUUUUCUCCAUUUAUCUCCAUUGGACUGCCAACAUAACAUUAACCUUUCCAGCAUGGCCAAAAGAGCUUGUUUUUCAACCUUGUAUCAGUGACAAUUGCUUACUGAUGCAGAAAAAAACAUAAUAACGGAUAACAGAUUUCUCAGGCUUCAGAAAUACACAGCAUGAAAUCAUUUAUUAAUCAUAAAGCAAGACAGGUUAGAAACUUAAGGUUGUGUGUCAGGAAGUUAAAUUAAGUUCCUUAAGAAUUAAGACAAGUAAAUUAAUUAAUAGUAUUCAAACCUUUACUUUCCAAGCUGAAAAUGAGAGAUCUAAAAUAAAUUAGUUCUGUUGUACAGAAACCUGCUGCUAAUACUGACAAUCCUACUGCCUCUUUCUUACUCUUUCAGAAUACUGAAAUGUUUCCACUUCAGCCCUUUCAUCAUGGUAUUUAGAGUGAUUUAGGGCUACAGUUUCUGGUUUAGAGCACUUCAGAUCCUCAGAAAGCAUUGAGAAAGCACUGAGAAAAUGCCAGCAUAUAACUGGGAUGUUUUUUGCCAUUAUUUUCUCAUAUUGUUAGUCCAUGUGUGGAAUGGGCCAUGCAGAAAUCUAACACUCUCGCCGACCUCACCAAGCGCUAAAAUAUUUUAUAAAUAUUUAAUGGAGGAAGCUGCCACACAAUGAUUUGCUAUCUUUUGGAAAUUUAAAUCCAUCUCUGAGAGAGCAAAGCAUAACUAUUGUAUCUUCACUUAUACACACAGUUGAACCUAUAGGCUCUCAGUAUGUAACAAGAUAUUGACACAAAUGGAAAAAAAAUGUCUGCGCUCACAGGAUUUAUCAUAAGACUUACAAUAUCAAAAACAUAUCGGUGUCAGUGCAUACUCUGAUGAUUAAUGACAGUUCAUAAAACUCAUAACU